AUGAAUAGCUCAAGGAAGACCGACGGAGCUCAGAUUAGGCCACCUACUCCCAACAGGCCCAGCCGUACUAUGACCCGCAUGAAGCAGGGAUUGGGCGAGGUUGCAGCCUGGAGUGACAUUGACGCGGUUCACGUCCAGGUGCAGUUCCAGGUGCAGAGGCAGAGGCAGACUCAGACGCAAGACCAGAAGCAGGUGCAGACGCACAUAACAAGUUCUCACAGCUGA